CCUGGGACGAGGCUCUGUCUGUGGAAAGUCACUCCUCAGACGUCUGCCGAGGAUUAAGGAGCUGCCGAUGCACCAGGGCGAGGAGGCGUCAUGAGUGACCACUUCGACUGCAAUAGCUGCAAAGAGUCCCUGUACGGACGCAAGUACAUCCAGGUGGAGGACAACCCUCACUGCAUCCUCUGCUACGAGCGGCUCUACGCCAACACCUGCCAGGAAUGUAAAGAGCUCAUCAGCCACAACGAAAAGGAACUCUUCUAUGAGAACCGUCACUACCACGAGAGCUGUUUCUGCUGCUCUCGCUGCAGCCGCUCGCUCGCCGACGAACCCUUCACCAGCCAGGAAGACGACCUGGUCUGCAGCAACUGCUACUCCAAUGAGUUCUCCUCCAAGUGCGUCGGCUGCGACAAGGUCGUCCUUCCAGGGUCCAGGAUGCUGUCGUACGGAGGAGGAACUUGGCACGAGAACUGUUUUGUGUGUCAUGGCUGCGAAAAGCCGAUCGGUGCCGGCGCGUUCAUCCCUGACAAGAACAACAACUACUACUGCGUGCCGUGCUACGAGGGAAGGGUGGCACCGCAGUGCAGGCACUGCAGGAAGCCCCUGACCAAGGGCGGGGUCACCUACAAGGACGAGGUCUGGCACAAGGAGUGUUUCCUCUGCACCGGCUGUAAAGCUCCGCUGGCCGGUCAGCCGUUCACUUCGGAGGGAGAGAGUCCCUACUGUGUCAAGUGCUUCAGCAGCCUCUACGCCAAGAAGUGUGCCGGCUGCAACACCGCUAUCACAGGCUUUGGAGAUGGCAAGUACAUUUCGUUUGAGGACCGUCAGUGGCACCAGCCGUGCUUCAAGUGCUCCCGCUGCUCCGUGUCACUCGUCGGCUCCGGGUUCUUCCCGGACCGGGACCAGAUUCUGUGUGCAGACUGCAACAGUGACGACUGACGACAACGUCCCUCUCGCACAUGCUUGGAUUCACUUUCAGCGUGAUGCUAAACUCAGUAUCUUGCAGCUGUGAACAAGACUUUUGUGACUUAUCCACAUCAGCUGUUACAUUAUGACCCCAGCAAAAUGUAUAUUCUGAAUUCACAGCGGAGCAUCUUGUAUUUUAGGGCGAUACUGGUGUGACAAGGGAGGAAGGAACCCACCUCACGGCUGUCAAGUCUGUGGGGUCAGAAGUUGGUGUGUUGACCAUUCUAAAACUCACCACCGCAGUCAAUAGUAGGGGGGGUUACAGCAUAGAGGGUGCAACUACUCUAUAAACACAGGUCAAAGGUCAUAAUGUUAAGGCUGAUCGACGUUCAUCACAGGCUAUUUUGACUUGGUUUUGUAUGUGUUCAACAUAAUAUUUUAAAUGUUUGCACCAAAGCUUGUGCUUUAAAUCUGUGUAUUUUGACAAAUAUAAAAGAAAAUCAUGAUUUUGCCUGCGGUUCUUUUAACAACCACUUUCCAACAUUUAUGUUUCACAGAGAAGUUUGUGGUUCUCGGGCGCAUCCUGAUUUCACAUUCCCUUACGAGCUCGACGUCGGUGUCACAGACCUAACCCAUACUAUGGCGCCCCCCGUGACAGAAACGUUUUACUGUAGCUGAUGUAAACUGCAAUAAAACAGAAGCUCGGAAAUGCAGACAG